GAAGUUUCAGGCAGUUAAUCCGACGCCUCAUUCGUUCUUUCACUGAGCUGUCAACAUUUAAUUGUGAGGCGACUACAUUCGAUAUAAAAUAUAUAUAGCCAGCUAUACUUCUCUGCAACAACGUUUUUCUUUUUGAAAACAGCUGCUCUCGUCUUACUAUGACUCUCAGGUGAUCGUCAAAGAGUCCAGGUGGUUCUGCUGUGCUCUGUGGCCUUGGUGACUUAUCUGCAGAAUGGAGAAGGAAGAACUGAAGAUCGUGAAUAAGGAUGAGGAGGAUGAGAUGGAGCUCCAGGGGUACCAUGUGUGUCGGUGGCGUGUGGCAGUGGUGGGCCUGGGGGUGCUGUGUACAGGGGGUUUCCUCCUGCUGCUGCUCUACUGGAUGCCAGAAUGGUGUGUGAAGGCCACCUGCACCCGGACCACCGUCAGAGAGGCCGAAGUGGUGCUGCUCCAAUCAACCGAUGACUUUAAGCGCUGGUUCCUGGCCAAGGUGCGUGUGAUGCUGGCCCCUGGAAGAAACCCCUUUGACAGCCUGGAGACCCAGACCACUCCCCCCAUGACCAAUGGACACUCCCCCCACCCCUCGGACGGCUUCACCCAGGAGUUAAUCAGGAAGUACGCAGAGUACCAACCCACUCAGAUUCGCUAUUUUACACUCCAUAGCACAAAGUACUACUGGAACGACGAGGUCCACAAUUUUGAAGUAUUAACUGGCCUGGAGGACCGGGAGGUGACCUGUUCCACCGUCCACUCAGUGCACAGCACGGGGCUCACCAGCAACCAGCAGGAGUACAGGAGACUGUUUUUCGGAGUGAAUGAAAUUGCAGUGAAAGUGCCUUCAGUUUUCAAGCUUCUAAUCAAAGAGGUCCUCAACCCUUUCUACAUCUUCCAGCUCUUCAGUGUGAUCCUGUGGAGCGCUGAUGAGUACUACUACUAUGCCGCAGCCAUCGUCUUUAUGUCGGUCAUUUCCAUAGCUACCUCGCUGUACACCAUCAAAAAGCAAUACGUCACGCUUCAUGACAUGGUGUCAGCACACAGUAUUGUCCGAGUUUCAGUCUGCAGAGCCAGCAACGACAUCGAGGAGGCCCUGUCCACUGACCUGGUGCCCGGCGACGUCAUGGUCAUCCCUAGCAAUGGGACCAUUAUGCCCUGCGACGCAGUGCUGAUCAGCGGCACCUGCAUCGUCAACGAGAGCAUGCUGACAGGUGAGAGUGUGCCAGUCACCAAGACCAACCUCCCCAACCCGGGCGAAGGGGACAAGGAUGGUGACGCAGCUUACAGCAUGGAGGAGCACAAGAGACACACCCUCUUCUGUGGCACUCACGUCAUACAGACCCGCUUCUACUCAGGGGAGCUGGUCAAGGCAGUGGUGGUCCGCACAGGUUUCAGCACAGCUAAGGGCCAGCUGGUGCGCUCCAUCCUGUACCCCAAGCCCACCGACUUCAAGCUGUACCGCGACGCCUACCUUUUCCUGCUGUGCCUGGUGGCUAUAGCUGGCAUCGGCUUUGUCUACUCCAUCGUCCUCAGCAUCAUGAACAAUGUGCCAGCCAAGACCAUCAUAAUUGAGUCCCUGGACAUCAUCACCAUCACUGUGCCCCCCGCGCUUCCCGCUGCCAUGACGGCGGGCAUCGUGUACGCCCAGCGCCGCCUCAAACGCAUCGGCAUCUUCUGCAUCAGCCCCCAGAGGAUCAACAUCUGUGGCCAGCUCAACCUGGUCUGCUUCGACAAGACAGGUACACUCACAGAGGAUGGAUUAGACCUGUGGGGAGUCCAGAGAGUGGAGAAGGGGACGUUCCACCUGUCAGAGGAGAAUGCCUACAAGGACACUCUGGUUAAGUCCCAGUUUGUAGCCUGCAUGGCCACCUGCCACUCUCUUACCAAUAUCGAUGGCAAGCUGUCCGGAGACCCUCUGGAUCUGAAGAUGUUCGAGGCCACAGGCUGGAUCCUGGAGGAGGCCACUGAGGAGGAGACCUCCCUCCACAACCGUAUCAUGCCCACCGUGGUGCGGCCCCCCAAGCAACUGAUGCCCCCCGAGCCCGUCGUGUCACCUGAACAGGACAUGGAGCUGUAUGACUUGUCGUCGGCCUAUGAGAUUGGUAUCGUGCGUCAGUUCCCCUUCUCCUCGGCGCUGCAGAGGAUGUGUGUGGUGGCCCGUCUGCUGGGGGAGAAGCGCAUGGAUGCCUACCUCAAGGGGGCGCCAGAGGUUGUGGCCAGCCUCUGCAAGAAAGACACUGUUCCAGAAGACUUUUCAGAGGUUCUGGAGGACUACACCAAGCAGGGCUUCCGGGUCAUUGCCCUGGCCCACCGCCGCCUCGAGUCCAAAAUCACCUGGCACAAAGUACAGAAUGUCAACAGGGAUCAGAUGGAGGCCAACAUGGAGUUCCUGGGGCUGAUCAUCAUGCAGAACAAGCUGAAGGCUGAGACCUCCGGGGUACUGCAGGACCUCCGCAGGGCACACAUCCGCACCGUCAUGGUCACUGGUGACAACAUGUUAACGGCCAUCUCGGUGGCUAGGGACUGUGGCAUGAUUCCCCCUCAGGACCAAGUCAUCAUCGCCGACGCGCUGCCCCCUAAAGAUGGCCAGGCAGCCAAGAUCACUUGGCGCUACGCAGACAACCCCAGCAAACAUGUGGGCAAAGCACCACGCCUGGAGGAAGUACAGAUCAAUCUAGAGGAUGUGCAUCACACUCACAAGCCUCAGGACCAGUACCACUUUGCUAUGAGUGGCAAGUCCUUUGCUGUCAUCACCGAGCACUUUCAGGACCUGCUGCAAAAGUUGGUGCUGCAUGGCACCGUGUUUGCCAGAAUGGCCCCCGACCAGAAGACCGAGCUCAUUGAGGCACUGCAGAGUGUGGAUUAUUUUGUGGGCAUGUGUGGAGACGGCGCAAACGAUUGUGGUGCUUUGAAGAGGGCUCACGGUGGGAUCUCUCUCUCUGAGCUGGAGGCCUCUGUAGCCUCUCCCUUCACUUCCAGGACACCCAACAUCUCCUGUGUGCCUAGCCUCAUCAGAGAAGGGCGAGCGGCUCUCAUCACCUCCUUCUGUGUGUUCAAGUUCAUGGCCCUCUACAGCAUCAUCCAGUACAUCAGUGUCACCCUGCUCUACUCUAUCCUCAGUAACCUGGGAGACUUCCAGUUCCUCUUCAUCGACAUCGCAAUCAUCCUCCUCGUAGUCUUCACCAUGUCUCUGAACCCAGCAUGGAAGGAGCUGGUGUCGAGGCGUCCCCCCUCAGGUCUGAUCUCUGGCCCUCUGCUGUUUUCUGUGCUGACUCAGAUCCUCAUCUGUCUGGGCUUCCAGACCAUUGCCUUCCUCUGGGUCCGACACCAGGCCUGGUACCACAUCUGGACGCCACAGUCCGAUGCCUGCAACUCGUCCCUCCGUGCCAACUUGGGGCCAGAACACAACUCCUCAGAAGAGAGGGACGACCACAACAUCAAGAACUACGAGAACACCUCCCUAUUCUACGUCUCCUCCUUCCAGUACCUCAUCGUGGCCAUCGUCUUCUCCAAGGGGAAGCCCUUCAGACAGCCCAGCUACAAAAACUGGCCUUUUGUGGUGUCAUGUAUUGGCCUGUACAUAUUUAUGUUCUUCAUCAUGUUUUACCCUGUGUCUGCUAUCGAUGAAUUCCUAGAGAUUGUGUGUGUUCCGUUUGAAUGGAGAAUCACUCUGUUCUUCAUCAUCAUAGUCAAUGCAGCCGUGUCUGUAUUGGUGGAGACCCUCGUCCUUGACGUCGUCUUAUGGAAGCUUGUCUUCAGCCGAGACAAGCAGGGCGGCUAUGGCACCACCCAUUCCGCUCCAACAACACAGGGGGGCAUCGACCUUUGGGGAGCCAAGUGUCUGUCGUGGCUGUGCUGCCGCCGGAGGAAGGUACCCAAGGCGCGCUACAUGCACCUGGCCCAGGAGCUUAGCGUGGACCCCGACUGGCCCCCCAAACCCACCACCACCACCGAGGCCAAGCACCCACUGCCCGGCAACCCCCCUGAAAAUGGCUCCUCCUACCAGAUAAUGGCCGACUCCUAGCACCCCCCCGCCCCACUCUUGGCUAAAGCAAAAACACACACUCCCGACAAAAAGAAACAGUGGUCUAUGGAAAGAACAAGGCGAAAGAUGGGGUGAUUGUAGAAAAGGAUUUUGGGGUGAAGAAAUGGUAGUGUGGAUCUCUCCAUGCUCUUUGCUGCUCAGAUCCAGCACACUGUUCAGACCCUGGCUGGUCUACGUAACUCUAACCAACCAAACCCCUCAACCUGCCACCACCCCCUGGUAUACAAUGGUUUGUCUACUACCCAAAUACACCCCCAGUAUGGUCUACUCUAUAUCCACCCCGCCUUCAGCUGGUCUACCUGCAGUCCAUGUUGUCCACAGGCUGGGUCCUGUGGCAGAGUCAGACCCCUGUGUCAUCAUUAUGAGUUGAAUCAUUGCCUCACUGCUUUUUAACCCUUGCAGAACUAUGCAACGAACUGACAACUCCAAUCGUAGUCUUAAAACGGUAAUGAUUUUUACAAUUGUAAUUGAUGUUGCUGUGAUUCCUCCAUGAGCUCCAGACCUCGCAUUUUUGCUUUUGUUUGUAAGCAGCCACCAGCCAUCUCCACUAACAUGGUUAUCAUACAGGGGACUUGAAGCAUAGAUGUGCAUGAACCCAGCUCCGUUUAGCCAUUGUUAUAUGGUGGUUGGAAUACUACUGCUUACCCAACAGUACUGUAGUAUUAAUAUUGCUGAACAGGGACCAGAACCUUUUUGUAUUAUGAAACUAGGCAUAACAAGAGGUAGUAUGCAAACGGCUUGGAAUCACAGUUAGCAGCAACCCACCCCCCUGCAUGUAGAAACCAUCCAAAGGCGAAUAGACUUGCAAAAUCAUGUCAAACUGGCCUCACAUGGGCUAGCGUUGCUCCACAUGGAGAAGGUCUGUCUUUAAAAAAGAAAAAAAAUGAUAUGAUAAUGGUGAAGGGCGAGGCAUUGUGAAAUUCAUUACCUAGCCGUAUGCGUGCGCUCUCUCCAUACAACCAUGCAACUGGCAAGAUACUGUACUACCAAUGUAUACUCCACUAAAGCCAUGGUAGCAUGAAUGUAUUGUAUUGUAUUAGCAUUGCUCACUACACAGUCAAAAGAGAAAUCAAAGGGCUUAAAACUCAUUGUCCAUCAGAGGAGGCUGCUGUGUAGCGAUAUAGGAUGACGUGCUCAUUGUAAUGGAUUAAUUAAUUUCAUUCCAACCAUUACAAGUCCGUCCUCCUAUAUCUCCGCCCACUAGCCACCAUUGUUAUCCAAAUUCUCAAAGAUACAAUACACAAUCUGUCACUGUAUAUAUUUUCUCAACAGUUUAUUUCAUAACAGAACAUGUGCAUUGCUGUCCAGCCUCAUGAUGUGUUGGACAUGUCAUAUUUUCUGCCAGUCAGUCAUAAGCCAGUCUUUCUCCUCAUAGUAGCAGGUCGUCACAUAUCGUCAGAGAUCCUAGUUUGUGUUCAUCUGAUGUAAAUAUAUUAUUUGAUGACAUUCCAAAUGUGUGUCAGAAUUGCCGGAAACAAAAUACUGAGAGGUAUCGCGAAGAAUGCAAGUUCAAAUAUUUAAAUAUGAUGUAUUUACUUGGUGUUAAAGGUCCAAUGCAGCUGUUUUUAUCUCAAUAUCAAAUCAUUUCUGGGUAACAAUUAAAUACCUGACUAACCAGGUUUACAUCCAACCUUUUUAUGCGAGUAAAGUACAUGUCGGAUAAAAAAUGUCAUGACAGGCCUGAUGGAAACCAUUUUUUCCGGUAAACUUUCCAAAUGUCGACAAAACAAAAUCCACUAGACAAGGUGGGAUCUUUUUGUCAGUAAAAAUGAUUAUGCGGGGGAAAUAGUAAUGCUUUUAUGAUAUAGUAACCAUCAUAUCGAUGUGAACUUGGAGUCACGCGAUGACCUGUAGUCCUCCCACUAAUACUCAUCAGGAAAGCAUGCAGUUUAUGUUACAGAUCUAAAUAAUUGAUGAACUUCAAAGGGUGGUGAAAGUGCAAGUAGAUGCGCUUAAUUAUUUCCAGUAAAUAUCAAGGGUCUUAUUUUGGUGACAUAAUUCAUCCUUGGCUGCAGUUUGACAAAUAAAAAUAGUCUUGAUCUUUUGUCCAUAAUAAUAAUCUCAUGUAGGCUAUAUGUGAGCUCUAAGCAAAAAUGGCUUCUUAGCAAUUUUGCUGGGAGUGGUCCGAGUGGUGCAGGGAAAACUGAGAAUGAGCUAUUAUUUCUUAUUGGUCUAUUCACUAAUUUACCACCUGGUGGAGUCACAAGGCAGGCCAAAACUCCACCCCAACAGCUCUUACACUAAGUGGUUAUCAUUUUCACAAGUUCACAGUAUUAUUCCAAACUCAGUGUGAAAAUAUAAAACGCAGAAAAAUCACAUUUGACUUCACUGGGCCAUUAAGGCAAAGUGUUAACUCGUUUUAUUUUUCAGAUUCACACUUCAAUUUCAGGAAUGACAACAACAGAUGUCCUAGUUAUACAUUUUAUUUGCAUGAUCAAACCUUCCAGAUCUCUACGAGACAUACACUACCGUUCCAAGGUGUGGGGUCACUUAGAAACGUUUUUUGUCCGUUAAAAUAACAUACAAUUGAUCAGAAAUACAGUGUAGACAUAGUUAAUGUUCUAAAUGACUAUUGUUGCUGCAAAUAGCGGAUUCUUUUCAAAUGGAAUAUCUACAGAGGCCCAUUUUCAGCAACUAUCACUCCUGUGUUCCAAUGGCACAUUUUUAGCUAAUUAAAGUUAUCAUUUUAGAAGGAUAAUUGAACAUUAAAACCUUUUGCAAUUAUGUUAGCACAGUUGAAGACUUGUGCUGAUUUUAAAGAAGCUUUUAAACUGGCCUUCUUUAGACUAGUUGAGUAUCUGGAGCAUCAGCAUUUGUGGGUUCGAUUACAGGCUCAAAAUGGCCAGAAACAAAUGUUUCUUCUAAAACUCGUCAGUCUAUUCCAUGCUAGAAAUUGCCAAGAAGAUCCCGCACAACGCUGUGUACUACUCCCUUCACAGAACAGCGCAAACUGUCUCUAACCAGAAUACAAAGAGUGGGAGGCCCCGGUACACAACUGAGCAAGUGGACAAGUACAUUAGUGUCUAGUUUGAGAAACAGACGUCUCACAAGUCCUCAACUGGCAGCUUCAUUAAAUAGUACCCACAAAACACCAGUCUCAACGUCAACAGUGAAGAGGCGACUCUGGGAUGCUGGCCUUCUAGGCAGAGUUCCUGUGUUCUUUUGCCUAUCUUUACUUUUUAUUGGCCAGUCUGAAGUGGCUUUUUCUUUGCAGCUCUGCCUAGAAGGCCAGCAUCCCGGAGUCGCCACUUUGCUGUUGACGUUGAGACUGGUGUUUUGCGGAUACUAUUGAAGCUACUAGUUGAUGACUUGAGGCAUCAAACUAGAUACUCUAAUUUACUUGUCCUCUUUCUCAGUUCCCACUCCUCUUUCUAUUCUGGUUAGACAGUUUGUGCUGUUCUGUGAAGAGUAGUACACAGCGUUAUGUGGGAUCUUCCAUUUCUUGGUAAUUUCUCGCAUGGAAUAGCCUUCAUUUCUCAGAACAAGAAUAGACUGACGGGUUUCAGAAGAAAGUUUUGUUUCUAGCCAUUUUGAACCUGUAAUCGAACCCACAAAUGCUGAUGCUCCAGAUACUCAACUAGUCUAAAGGACAGUUUUAUUGAUUCUUUAAUCAGAACAACAGUUUUCAGCUGUGCUAACAUAAUUGCAAAAGGGUUUUCUAAUGAUCAAUUAGCCUAUUAAAAUUAGAAACUUGGAUUAGCUAACACAACGUGCCAUUGGAACACAGGACUGAUGGUUGCUGAUAAUGGGCUUCUGUACACCUAUGUAGAUAUUCCAUUUAAAAAAAUCUGCUGUUACCAGCUCCAAUAUUCAUUUACAACAUUAUCAAUGUCCACAAUGUAUUUCUGAUCAAUUUUGUUAUUUUAAUGGACAAAAAGGGUUUUUCUUUCAAAACAAGGACAUUUCUAAGUGACUCAACUUGAACGGUAGUGUAUAUUGUUCCUGAUAUUUGGAGUGUUGGUAAUAUGACACAGGUGAUUUUGGAGCGUUGGUAAUAUGACACAGGUGAUUUUGGAGCGUUGGUAAUAUGACACAGGUGAUUUUGGAGCGUUGGUAAUAUGACACAGGUGAUUUUGUAGUGUAGGUAAUAUGACACAGGUGAUUUUGUAGUGUUGGCAAUAUGACACAGGUGUAUAAAGAAUGCACAGUAGAGAGCACAUUCUCCAGGAAUAUCCAGCAAUUUUGGUCAUUGACAAUAUAUGACCCAGGAACAAGAGUACAUCCUCCUGUGACAAUUAACCUGUUUCUGCAAACCAACUCUAGAUUGAAUCCAUGACAGUUCUGCUUUUAGUAAAGGUAUAUUUACUCAAUGUUUCUGAAUAAUGAUUUACAUUGGUGUUGGUAUUUAAUUAUGUUGAGGGGAUCUUUCCUAAAUAUCUGUACAAGAUGCAAAUUUUUAUUUUCAGAACAAAAUGUUCAAUUUUACAUUUAGCUAUUCAAAUUAAAAAUGUAAUUUUUGUUGAAUGAUUAUAGAGUAAAAAACAUUUUAAAUGUUCAAGUAGUUGUAAACACGUCAUGUUUCCAGAAAGUUCAAAAAAGCCCACCUCCAAAUCAGACUGGAACAUUAUGGACUUUUUAAUGUUAAUAAUACAAAGAAAAUUGGACUAGCUGUAUUUUAAAAAAUGUACAUUUACAGUAUGUGUUUUUAGAUGUACCUUCAAAAACAUUGUUUAGAGAUGUGCUUGAAAUAUGGAUAAUGCACUUAUAUCGAAGGGCUGUAGUGGUGCUUUCUACUCUCGGUACUGUUUUGUCACAAUCAGUUGUUUGUACACUUUUUUUGUUGUUGUAAUGUUUGGAUUUCUUUCCAGUGUUUUGUCACUAUCAAUGUUAUGGAACAAGCGAUGCUAUGUGUUUAUCUUCCUGAAUCAGACCAUGAGUCUAUUGGGCAUUUCUAUAAUUAUUUAAGUCAAUGAUGUUGAGGUGCAAUUGUCUGAUACUACUAGGGCCCUCAAACUAAACUUUGGACCUCGAAGCCAGUUAGCCUUUUUCUUCUUCUUUCUCUCCAUUGUUAAUUCAGGUAGAACAGAACCGGUAGGCGCCGGACCUCGUAGGGAAGGGUUGUCAAACUCCGUCUGUGGAGGGCCUAGUGUUUGCAGGUUUUAAUUUUUUCCAUUCAAUUAAGGCCUAGACAACCAGGCGAUGGGGAGUUUAGUUAGUGACCUUAAUUCAUAAAUCGAGUACAAGGGAGGAGCGCAAACCUGUAGACAAUGGUCUCUCUGAAAUGAGUUGGACACGUGUCGUAGGGUGAAAGUUAAAUACCCCUGCUAUAGGGCUUGUGACCUAACCAGGGAAAAACUGGGGCCUAGUUAUAUCUAAAGCAGGGGUGUCAAACUCAUUCCAUCUAGGGCCGAGGGUCUAAUGUUUUUUGUUUUUUCCUUUCAAUUUGUGUCCAAUUAAGACCUAGGCAGUUCCCAACUAAUCAAUAACCUUAAUUUAGCAAUCAAGUACAAGGAAGGAGUGAAAACAUGCAGACACUCAGCCCUCCAUGAAAUUAGUUUUGACACCUGUGCUCUACGACCAAUAUCUAGUCGUGAGAAAUAUCUUCUCACUGUAAACGGUUACCAUGAGUCUAAUGAUUGAAAUAAGGGAUUCUAUUAAUAUAUUGGCACCUCAGCUCAACAAACACUGUUUCUGGACAGAAAUAUUCUGACCUUUUAGCUCAAUGUUCAUUUUCACUAGCACCUGUCACAUUAAAUGUGUAAACCAUGCUUUGAGUUUUAUAUACUCUGUCUGUCUUUUUUGUCAAAUCUCAAUGUUACAGGCUGAAGAAUGUGCAUUGCUGUGGAUAUUGCAACCGGUAUUCUCUCUCUUGUCUAGAAGGGAUAAUUUUGCUGCUAGGGGAAUGAUUCAGACUAACCUUAAUGCUUCAACUUUCAAUCAAUGAUGAUUACCCUAAAACUUGCAAAUAGUUAGUAUGCUUCCUCAUUUUCCCCUUCACUUACAAAGAAUCUGCUAAAUCAAAGCGAUUAAGUGUAUGUUGAAAUUCUUUUUUUAAGGUACAUUAUACCACCUGUUGACAUCUCUAAUCACCUGCUUUUUAUUUAAGUGUUUGAAACAAACCAUUAAGAGGCAUUUAGAACAUAUCAGACACUGAGUCUGAACUUCCAGUGGAAUUGUUUCCUCAGGGAAAUGUGUAUUUGUAACAAAUCAAGAAAUACAAUGAAGUUAAUUACCUAACUGAAUUAAAAAACAAUCCUGUUGGUAAACAUUUUAUUACAGUUCUAUUGUAUGUAGAUUGGAUUUGGUAGCACAACAAGCAAUCUCCCAAACUCUAAGAGGCUUCUCUGAAAAAGAAAAAAAAAACUUUUGUAAACGUAAAUUACUUAGCAAAUUUUUGUACUUGUUAUUUAUUUGUAUUUCUUUACUUAGUAUUGUAUUUCUAAUUUUCUUUAGUUUUCAUUUUCAAUAAAUGUGGUUGUCAAAUAAA